GCACUGCACUGGCAACACCUCACGCUGGUCAUCAUUUCAUGCCUGCAACAAUACGAGAUAUGGAUGAAAAUCUACCGUUAACACAGAUGCUGUACUGCACUGUGGUAGAUAAAAAGGACAAGUCUAAAUUAAUAUGCUACACACAUAAAAAAUCGGGGAUAUUCAAUUUCGGCUUGACAAACGCUUCUGAUGUGUGGGGCACAGACUUCACUGAAGAAACAUUGAAACAGUUUAGACAGAAGUUUGCUUUAAGGUCAACAGAGGAAUUGAUCUGGAAAAUCAGGUCCGCGUGUGGCAGUGGGGGCAUAUCCGUAUUGGUGCAGGAAACCAAUGCAGUGCUUCAUGUUGGGGUCAGUCCAGGAGACCUAAAUGUGAUUCUGUCCAGACUGGGAGACACAGAGGCUAAGGUGGAGCUGAGAGAGCUGCUUUUUAGAAUGGCAGACAGUCAGACCCUUUCAGACAAUACUGCAAAUCCUCCUUCAUUCAGUCCCGGGAAGAGUCCUCAUAACCAGAAUACAGAGUUUGAGCCAAGAAAACAGCAGCAGAGUGGCCAAAAUCUUGCAGUCAAGAAGCGUCUCCCAGGAGAUUCAAUCAUCAAUCCAGGAACUAGGAGAAAGCGUCAAGCGACUGGGGUGGCGUUUGAUGAGGAUGAUGAUCAUUGAUGAUUUUCAAAGAGAAAUUGCCGUCCCCGCUGUCACAUUUCUCCAUCAGACAACUAAGUGCAUGAAUGUUCUUUUAAUCUACAGUACACUAAACCUCACAUUCUACAUAGAUUACUUCAUCACGUUUACAGUAAAAAGCAACCUUUUAAGGACUCAUGGGACUGUUUUCCAAUUGGGACUCAUUCCCUAUUUAGUGCAUUACCUCUGACCAGAGCCAUAUGUAUUGUGGUCAAAAUAGUGCACUAUAUAGGGACUAUGGUGACAUUUGAUACAUAACCUUGAUCAUUACCUCAGUAACUGUCAGAAAACUUGAAACAUGACUUUUUAAAUGUUUUUAAUAUUUAAAUCUAAUACACAUUUUUUAAAAGCAAUUUUCCUUUAUCAAUAUGUAACGUCAAUUUGUUUUAAUGGCAGAAUGCUUAUGAAUAAUAACACUUGUAAUAUGUUAGUCAUCUGCUUAGGACACAUGAAAUAAAAUAGAUGACCUUC